UAUCUUUGCCCAACAAACACUUUGUUGCAGCAACCAGCUAUGACCUCUAGAAUCCAACGACGCAAUGGGCGACGAUCAGCCCCUGUGCUGCUUGUAGACUACUCCAAGCAACGGGCCAAAACCGACGACCGCCUCUCGAAGUCUCUCCACAUUGGAAAGACUCCCGUGGCCACCAAUGACAGGCCGAAACCGGUCGAAACCGAUGUUGCCCCUGUAUCUUGCCUCAGCAAGUGCUCCAAGAGCGAACACCAUGGCCUCUCCAGCUACCAGAGCAUGUAUACUAAGAGCAGCGCUAAAGACGAAGAUCUGCCAGGCUUGAGCAGCUUCAACAAGCCACAGCAACCAGAGCCACCACGAAGAGAGUCCCAACUCUCGCAAACACUACACUCCGUCGGCACUCGACAAUGGGAGAUUGAUGAGGCCUUGCUUGACUUUUCCACUCAAUCGUUUGACGACAGCGACAGCACAAGCGAAAACGAAGGAACUGAAGAGAGCAGCGAAGAGACCGGUACCUCCAAGAGCACCAGUACAGGGAAAGGCAGCCUUCUGGAUGCCAUGACCACAAGUAUGAGCGGCAGUAGCUGCGCAAGCAGUAGCGCUGAGAGCAGCGACAGUGACUUGGACACCAGUGGAAGUCAGAGCAGCGACGACAGCGAGAGCAGCGAGGAGAGCAGCAGCGAAGAAGACAGCGAAAGCAGUGAAUCUGACGUUCCUGAUGACAUCAGUGAACUGUCAGACUUCUCAGAUGACGACUCGCUGUGCUCCUUCGCAUGCAUGGAACACCACCAAGACUCCAAGGACCUGAAGGGAGAAAUGAGCGUAGCGGACAGCCUAACAGCUAGUCUGACCACGCACACCCCAAGCUUCACCGAGAAUCAUUGCAGUGGCAGCACGUGUCAGAGUGCCUCUCAGAGUGUAUGUACUAGAAGUGCAAGCGAGAGCGUGUGCUUCGCCCUGCGAAGACGGACCCAAGCUGAGGAAGAUUCCAAGCCCAAGGAGGUGGUGCCAAGUGCCAUUCGUCUGGAACAGGCCCUAACGAAGCUGUUAGGCGAUGGAAGCUGCGAAACAAACGCAACUCUGGAUGCUGCCUUGGCCCCUGAAGUCGAUCAGACUGUCACUGUUACCGUCCCACAAGCAAGAGAGUCUCUGAAGAGACGAAACAGCAGCAGGAGUCUUGGCUACCUGAUCCCCAAGGAUGACACUCGCGGAUCCAUCUUCAAGCGCAGCAACAGCCUCCGAAGUAUGCCUGGAGGUCUCAUCCCAAGCACUGUUGCCCAGAAGCCGGCCUCCAAGAGAAACCCUCUGGCACCUGCGAUCAAUGCGAUGUCGCUUCCUCGUAUCGUUGCAGCAGAGCCCGAGCCGGAACCAGUCGACCCAAGAAAGGCCAACAGGCGGUCUAUCCGAAGAAGCCAGUCCUCCACUGGCGCCAAGAUGAUCGUCAUCAACCCGGAUGGUACUCCUUCUCGUUCGGGUCUUGCAAGAACCGACAGCUGCAGUUCAUUGGGCGAGCUCAUGAACGAUGCUUCUGCACGCAUCCUCAUUGAAGGGGGGUGCAAGGCGGCAGCUGGUAGCAGCGACAAGAGUGUCUCUGGCCGAGGCGUAAUGGGCAACAGCUCCGGUCGCCGUCUUGUCAGAGGUGACUCUGGUCGAAGCGUCAUCAUGAACAGUGGGCGCGGCCUUUCAAGAGGCAACUCGAAUCGAAGUCUUAUGACCAAUCACUCAGGCAAGAGCUUGGGUGUCAGGAGCCUCGGCGCUGGAGGCAGCGCACUUAUGACCAACAACUCCGGCAGAAGCUUGGGCGCCAGGAGCCUCGGUAACGGCGUGAUGAGCAACAACUCCGGAAGGAGCUUGGGCCCAGGCAACCGAACCAACGACAAGAGGAGAGCCAGGAGAAGGCUUACACGAAGCAAAAGUAGUGAAGGGGACACGUUGGACGGUCCCACUCAACACCCAAGAUCGAAUCCUCAAAGAGCGGUUCUUCGUAGAACCCAAAGUAACGAAGAAGGCCACAACAGGAGCUCCAGAUCGCUUGGUUCGGCUUUGGAUUCUUCAGAACGAAGCGCCGUCGACCACACAAGAGUCAAGAGGUCAAACAGUUCCGGUUCUCUUAACAAGCUCAUGGGCUUGGAGAAUUUGAACGGCAACGGCAACAACCGAAGAGCAUCCCGCAGGGCUUCAAUGGACAGUGUCAGCUCCCGUGAAUCUGCGGGCUCUGCAGAUACUGCGCGCAGCAAUCUUACCUCCCUUCGCAACUUCUUGGCCAGAGGAAACCCAGGCGCGAAUGCUGGAACUGGGACAGAGCAGCUCUUCGUGACAGGUAGCCGCAUUCGCAGACGCUAAAAACCAAUUCAUAACAGAAAAUAGAUCAUCUUCCAUAUUCUUCA